AUGAAUGAACAAAUUAAUUAUCUUUUGAAAAUAAAUUCAUAAAGCAUAUAUACUCAAUCUUAAUUUCUCACCCAUUCUCUUAAUACUAGAUCAAACACGCAUUUUAAAAAAGGAAAGAAGUUUCAGCAAAAAACAAAAAAUUGUUUCAAUAAAAUGGAGGGCGUUUCAACUUAGUUUUAACAAAAUAUUUUACUUCAAACUGACAACAACAGUAUCAACAAAGAGUUGACUGCAAAAUUGUAAAAGUUAGAAAAAUAUGUAAAUUUUAACAACUGGCUUAAAGCAAAUGGAGUCGUUUAUGAUGGUGUUGAAUACCCUGUAGCUUUUGGUUAAUACGGAUUAAUAGGUGCUGCUGCCACUAAGGACAUAGCACCUUUAACUGCUUUCAUUUCAAUCCCAAAUAAAAUCAUCAUUUCUUAUGACAGAGCAAGGUUCAGUGAAUUAAAAAGCUUUUUUAAAUAAAGUGAAGAUUUAUUUAGUGAAAAAGAAAAUGAUGAAGCAGGUGUGAAUGUCCUAACAGUUUUUUUCAUGUACGAAAGACUUAAAGGUAAAAAGAGCUUAUGGCAUGAAUAUUUUGAAAUUCUAGAAAAUAAUGAAACAAUUUUAACUUGGACUGCAGAGGAAAUCAAUAGAAUUCCUGAUCCUUACAUCUAAAAGCAAGCUAGAGAAUACAAGGAACAGGUCGAUGAAUUAUGGGACGAAUUGAAAGAAUUGCUUCAUAGCUAGCCUAAUUUUUUCUAAAAAGCAACUGCCACAAAAGAACUCUUUUUAUGGGCCUAUAAUAUUGUUAUGUCAAGAUGUUUUGGAUACACUCAAAAAGGUACAUCUAUAGUACCUUUUGCAGAUUGUCUUAAUCAUAAUAAAUAUCAUGCAACAUACUUCUACAUUCACAAAGAAUUUGAGUUAAACUAGGCUAAUAAACAUCCUUAGUACAUCAUUAAAAAAAGGACAUUAGAUCUAAGUAUAAUCGAUCCUCUGCUUGCAAAUAAAGUUACACCAACAUUAUUUAAAAAUGAAGUCUUUAACUUUAUCAAGAAUUAUAAAGAGGAUGCUUUGUUUAACAAUUCUUCGGUACGCUCUCAAAUGAUUCCAAUCGUUAGAUAAAUUAACAUGGAAUAGCUUCAAAAAAACUAAGAUCAAGAAAUAUGGACAUCAUAGUUUUUCACUACAUCAGAUGAAGAAGAUAAUGAUACAGAUUCUGAAGAUGAAGAGGAAAAGAAAAAGGCGAGGGAAAUUAGUACUCUAAAAUUAAAAGAAAGCAGUUCUAUGAGAGAAGCCUUAGAAAGAGUAAGGAGAUAUGAAGAGAAGCUAAGAAAUUAACCGAAAAUGACUCAAGAAGACGAAGAAAAAGCAAAGUAAGAAAGGAGAAAAGCAGAUGAAUCUUACUAACAAUAAUUACUGGAAAAGUAAAAGAAAAAGCUUGAAUUAGAAGCUAAAGAAGGAAAAAUUUAAUAAGAUGAAGAGUUAGAACUAAAAAAUAUUUAUUACUUAAAUGAAGAUGAUUAUGAUUGGUACAACUGCUAAGAUAAUUAAAUUUAUUUUAUCUUUGCUUCAAAUAAACCUAUUGUUAAGGGUGAGUAAAUAUAUAAUUUUUAUGGUAGAAGAACUAAUAGGUACCUAAUUUGUUGGUACGGAUUCACUUUCUAGCCUAAUGAAUACGAUUCACUUUCUUUCCGUCUUUUCCUUCAUAAAAAGAGUGAGGAAAUUAAUGAAAAUAAUAUUAAAGAAAUUUUAUAUAGCGACUAUAUAUCGUUUGAAGAAUGGGAAAAUGGAGUUAAGAUUGGUGAAAAAAUUGUUCCAACAGAUGUCCUUUCUAAAGAGUUUCGUUUGAAGGAUGGCUUACUAUGUGAUGAGUUAAUUAAUUAUAUGAGAAUCAAUAAAAUGUAGCAUUACAAUGGGUUAGAUCGCGAUCUUAUAAUGCUUACAUAACCAAGAAGUAUUAAUUUCGAAUUGAGAUGCAUUGAAGCUGCUUUAAUUGUUAUAAAAGAAUUAAAGAAUCGCUACUUGAAAUUCUCAUCUUAAGUUAAAGAUAUGUCUGGAUCUCUUUAAGGUGGCAAAAACAACUCAAUACCUAUUUAGGUAGCUCAUCAAUAGUUUUCUAAAAUUCUGUACGAUGGACAUAUUAGAGCUUUAGAGAAGCAAAUAGCAUUGCUUAAUAUAUCUAAAUAAAUUCUGUAAGAAGUUGCUAAAGGAACAGAAAACUUUAAAUAAAUCUAUUUGAGACUCUACCCCUAAUUUGAAACAGAAUAAGAUUACCCAGCCAAUCGUGAAUAUUUGAGAAAAUAUUUAAAGGCAAUUAAUGAAGGUAUAGUGACUAAAAUAAAAUAAAAAUGA